AAGAAUCCCAAUUUUAUUGAUCCAAUAAAGAGAAUUCAUGAUUCAGUUGGAACUGGAUAUUUUCAGAAUUCAUUGGCAAUAUACAAUUUAAAGAAAAUUAUGAAUAGAAUAAUUGAGUUGACCAGUUCAAUUGAAUGCCCUGAAAACUGUUUGGAUGCUAGAAUUGACAGUGGUGGUGAUAAAGCUGUUAGUAAUGUUUUACAAUUAUUAGAUGUUCUUAGUAAGUAUGCGGAUGAGAUCCCACCAUUUCAAGGGCCAAGAAGAUAUGGAAACUUAGCUGACAGAGAUUGGCAUAAAAGAGUUGCAAAUAAUAUUGACAAUUUAUUGAAAGAGUUGUUAAUUGAACCGUUUUAUAAAGGACCAUCAGCAGAUACGUUUUUAAUUGAAAUCAAAUUCUAUGUAUUGAAUUCAUUUGGAUCCAAAAUUAGACUAGAUUAUGGAACUGGGCAUGAGUUAAAUUUCAUUGCAUUCAUUGGUGGGUUGUGGAUGUGUGAUGUGAUUAAGAAUGUUAAAGGAGUUGAUUUUAUUUUAAUUUUUAGCAGAUAUUAUGAUUUGGUGCGAAAGUUGAUAUUGAAUUAUACAUUGGAGCCAGCAGGCAGUCAUGGAGUUUGGGGAUUAGAUGAUCAUUUUCAUUUUUCAUAUAUUUUAGGAGCAUCACAAUUUGUUGGCAAGAAAGAAUUAUUUGAAAACGAUAAUGAAUUCAAAAAACCUAUGAUAAUAAGAAAAGCAGAUGAUAAUAAUAAGUUGAAAAAAUAUCAAACCAAAAACUUAUUUUUUAAUUCUAUUUCAUUUAUUAUUAAAGUUAAACGAGGGGCAUUUUGGGAACACUCUCCUAUGCUAUAUGAUAUAUCUGGAAUUAAAACAUGGAGGAAAAUAUUGAGAGGGUUAAUGAAAAUGUAUUAUGAAGAAGUGUUGGACAAGUUCCCUGUUAUUCAACAUUUUUAUUUUGGUGGGGUAUUGUAUCCUUGGAUUGAGAUGCAUACAGGCAAGCUAUUGCCCGAGAAUAUACCAGAGGAA